GACGACGAUUCUGGUUUUUCUAAUUUCACCGAUGUUGAAGCAGAGCAUCAGCGGCAUGUCUGGUAGAAGAAGGAACAGGAAAAAGAAAGCGAAUGCGGUCUCUGUGACGGUGGUGGGGAAGGGUUCCGACAAUAUAACCGGGGAUCAGGAAUUGAUUGCGUCCGCUGCUGUUGAGAAGAUUCAGAUAUUUGAUGAGGCUUCUCAUUCUAACAAUGAUGAUCUGGAGAAGGGUGAUAUGUCAUUCGCAGGUGGUAGUAGCCAGUGUUGUUGCUAA